AUGUCUUUCCUCAAAGAGGUUGCUCGUCCAUGCCGGACGACUCCAGCCUCCAGCCCAGUCGUAGGGGCAGCUCCAGCCGAAGUUCAAGCUGCUCGGAAAUACUGCACAGAUCUCCUUUUGAAAUAUGACCGACCCUCCUAUACGCUCAGUACCUUCAUCCCACAGCACUCUCAGCCGUUCUACCUCGCCCUCCGAGCCCUCAAUGUCACCCUCUCCAUGAUCCCCGACACCACCUCCUCCCACACAAUCGGGUUGAUGCGGCUACAAUUCUGGCGCGACGCCGUGACGAAGAUUCUCGCCGGCUCCCCGCCCAAGGAGCCCAUUGCCAUCCUGCUCGCCUCCACCAUCGCCGACCUCAACGAGCGCACCCAAGGCCAUGCCCGCAUCAGCAAAGCCUGGCUGAACAAGAUGAUUAACGCCCGUGAGCGGACCCUCACCAACGACCCGUACCCGACCAUCGCCGCCCUCGAGUCCUACGCCGAAAACACAUACUCGACCCUCUUGUACCUGACUCUGUCCUCGCUGCCCAUGACCUCCGUCACGGCGGACCACGUCGCCUCGCACGUCGGCAAAGCAGCCGGCAUCGCGGCCGUGCUCCGCGGCCUGCCGCUCAUUGCAUUCCCGCCCCCGCCGGCUCAGUCGCCCACCCACGCGGGGUCAGCCCUGACAGGCGGGAUGAGGCAGGGUGCCGUGAUGCUGCCGUUGGAUGUCAUGGCGCAGGCCGGGGUCAAGGAGGAGGAUGUCUUCCGGAUGGGUGCGGAGGCGCCGGGCCUACGUGACGCCGUCUUCACGGUUGCUACGCGCGCAAGCGACCAUCUGAUCACCGCGCAGCAGAUGCUGAGCAAUCUGCGUGCCGGCCAGGAUGUGGGUCAUGACUUUGAGCAUGAAGGUGAAGAAGGACAUGAGUAUCCUGCGGAGCACGAUGUGGCUGCUGGCCAGCGUGGUGAGUCACCUCUGGAGGAGGUGAACCGUGCCUUUGGCGUGUUCAUGCCUGCGGUAGCUACCCGACUUUGGCUGGAUAAGCUGGAGAGUGUCGAUUUCGAUAUUUUCCGGCCAGAAUUGCUGCGCUCCGAUUGGAAAUUACCCUGGAGAGCCUAUCUGGCUUUCAAACGGAAGACUUUCUAG